AUGUUCUUCCUCAAGCAGCUCCGCCGGGAGCUCCUCCUGCACCCGAUGCACUUUGGCCCGAAGCUCCAUGACAUCAUCCGCCUGCGCCUCAUCGAGGAGAACAAUGCGUACCGCGCGAUCCUCUUCCGCCCGUUCAAGAACGAGGUGCUGGACGCGGUUGUGACGGGUCGAGAAACACCGCUCGGCUUUUUCGCCGAGGUUGGGCCGCUCCAGGUUUUUGUGAGUCGCCACGCCAUGUCGACCGAUUUGACCGAAGGCUACGACCACGAGAACAGCGCGUGGAUAUCGCAAGACCGCGAGGUCGAGAUCCGCAAGGGCGUCGGCGUCCGCCUCAAGAUCAUGGGCGUCAGCAUCGACGUGACGGAGAUCAACGCCAUUGGCACGAUCAAGGACAACUAUUUAGGCGUCAUUUCGGCCGACAUGUUUUAG